AUGUCGUUCAGCCAGCACCAGACACGCGACGGCGUCGUCCUCCCUCAUGUCCUCAACAAAGCCCCGAAGGGUACCAAGGCUCAUGUCAUCUGCCUUGGCUACCUUCAAGCCGAUGCCGGUUGGUUCAAGCGCGGAGGCAACACCUCAACCAUGAGCAACCCAAAGGGACCCGCUGAGCCCGAACGUCGAGACCUCAUUAUGUAUUCUGUCCUCAUCGAACAUCCCACCGAGGGCCUCAUUCUGUGGGAGACUGGUUGCGGUAAGAACUACCCGGAGGUCUGGGGCGCCCCCCUCAAUGACAUCUUCGCCAGAAGCAGGUAUGAGCCCGAACAUGAGCUCGAGGCCGCGAUCGUCAAGACAGGUAACAACAUCAAGGACGUCAAGCAGGUCAUCAUCGGCCAUCUCCACUUAGACCAUGCCGGAGGUCUUGAGCACUUCCGCAAGACCGACGUCCCCAUCUGGGUACAUGAAAGGGAGCUUAAGAGUGCCUUAUUCAGCGUAGCUACAAAGGCAGACGCUGGAGUGUACUUAAGCUGGUACCUAAGCCUAGAUGAGCUUAAUUGGAAGACGUUCGAUGAUCGCACAAUCGAUUUUGCUCAAGGGAUCACUCUGCACCAUCUUCCCGGUCACACCGAUGGUCUGAUCGGUAUGCAGAUCAAUCUGGAGAACGACGGCACGUUCCUCUUUGUCAGCAACCAUGCCCACGUCAUGGAGAACUACAAACCUGGUAUCCCGCAAGGUUGGCUGGCUAGAGACCAUCCGGCAUGGUUCAACUCGAACCAAAGGUUGCAACGAUUGGAGAAGACGACUGGCGGGUUGGUCGUUCCAGGGCAUGAUUUGGAGACUGUAACGCCACUGCUCGGUCGUGUCCUGUCCUAA